GCAACCAGCAACCCCCCCUCCUUCUCUGUCUCUCUUAAACACAGACAGAGCAGACGCAGUCAUGGCGGUAGUGUGAAGCGGUGGAGAUCCCCCCCCCCCCUCCUGUACAAUAUCAUGCAUCUCCUACAUCUCUCUGCAAAGUGUUGAAGUGUGGCCUCGUCACUCGGACACAAAGGGAGAGAGAGAGAGAGAAUGGCGGACCGCAGCAUUGAUAGUCUGCCUCUUCCUCUCGAGGUGAGGGCGAAGCUGGCCGAGCUGGAUUUGGAAUUAUCCGAAGGAAGUGAUGCAAAGGAAUUUCCUAGGCACGUCUGCGAAGAAGCAAGGCACAAUGGCAUCGCCCUGUUAUCCAAAUAUCCAAGUGAGCUGCACGCAAUUACUGACAGCACCUUUGUUCAACUAGAUACACAAUCUAACCAUAAUGGAGACAUCACACAAAAAGGCUAUGAAAAGAAGCGAUCCAAGCUGCUUGGAGCUUACCUGCCACAACCUCCAGGAGUGGAGCCUCCACUACCACAAGAGCGUCGAACACCAGUCACACCAUCGUCCUCCUCCAGAUACCACCGUCGCCGGUCGUCAGGCUCACGAGAUGAACGUUACAGAUCAGAUGUACACACAGAGGCAGUUCAAGCUGCUCUUGCCAAACAUAAAGAGAGAAAGAUGGCAGUUCCUAUGCCAUCUAAAAGACGGUCUCUGGUGGUGCAAACCUCAAUGGAUGCCUAUACACCCCCAGAUACCUCAUCUGGCUCAGAAGAUGAGGGAUCAGGGCCAGGUGAUUCACAAGGAACACCUUCCUCCAGUCAAGGCAGUCUGAACAUGGAACACUGGAUAAGUCGAGCAAUCCAUGGCUCCACCACAUCAUCUACCAACUCCACCUCUUCGACACAGAGUGGUGGAAGUGGUGCUGCUAAUGCGCUGGCUGAUGUCAUGACACAAACGCACAUUGAAAACCACUCUGCACCUCCAGAUAUUACAACCUAUACAACAGAACAUUCUAUACACGUUGAACGUCCCCAAGGAUCAACACCUAGAGCGGUCCCAAAGUACGGAAAUGCUGAACUAAUGGAAACUGGUGAUGGAGUACCAGUAAGCAGCCGAGUCUCUGCAAAGAUCCAGCAGCUUGUAAACACCCUUAAGCGACCGAAACGCCCUCCGUUACGCGAGUUCUUUGUCGAUGAUUUUGAAGAAUUACUUGAAGUUCAACAGCCAGACCCUAACCAGCCACGACCGGAGGGAGCACAAAUGCUAGCCAUCAGGGGAGAACAGCUGGGAGUAGUAACAAAUUGGCCACCAUCCCUGGAGGCAGCUCUUCAGCGCUGGGGGACCAUUUCUCCAAAGGCACCUUGCUUGACCACCAUGGACACAAAUGGAAAACCACUUUACAUCCUUACAUACGGGAAGCUGUGGACAAGAAGUAUGAAGGUAGCUUACAAUAUCCUUCAUAAACUAGGCACCAAACAGGAGCCAAUGGUCAGGCCUGGAGACAGGGUAGCACUUGUUUUUCCAAACAAUGAUCCUGCUGCUUUUAUGGUUGCAUUCUAUGGUUGUCUGUUGGCAGAGGUAGUUCCUGUUCCUAUUGAAGUACCUCUUACAAGGAAGGAGAUAAAGCAACGUUUCCUCCGACUCAAUGUGAGCAGCGCCAUGGGAGAUCUGCUAGCUUUAAUAAUAAAAAUGGAUGCUGGAAGCCAACAAAUUGGUUUUCUAUUGGGAAGUUGUGGUGUUACUGUAGCAUUAACUAGCGAUGCUUGUCACAAAGGUUUGCCUAAAAGCCCAACGGGGGAGAUUCUACAGUUUAAAGGUUGGCCACGGUUGCUGUGGUUUGUGACAGAAUCUAAGCAUCUAUCUAAGCCACCUCGGGAUUGGUUUCCUCAUAUCAAGGAUGCAAAUAAUGACACUGCAUACAUUGAGUACAAGACGUGUAAAGAUGGCAGCGUGCUCGGUGUGACAGUGACACGAAUUGCACUCUUGACUCAUUGUCAGGCUUUGACUCAGGCCUGUGCAUAUACAGAAGCGGAAACCAUUGUGAAUGUAUUGGAUUUUAAGAAGGAUGUUGGAUUGUGGCAUGGUAUUCUUACGAGCGUUAUGAACAUGAUGCAUGUUAUCAGUAUUCCAUAUUCAUUAAUGAAGGUGAACCCUCUUUCAUGGAUACAAAAAGUCUAUACAUAUAAGGCUAAAGUGGCAUGUGUGAAGUCCAGGGACAUGCACUGGGCCUUGGUUGCACACCGAGAUCAGCGAGACAUUAAUCUCACCUCAUUGCGGAUGCUCAUAGUAGCAGAUGGAGCCAAUCCUUGGUCCAUUUCUUCCUGUGACGCAUUCCUUAAUGUCUUCCAAAGCAAAGGAUUGCGUCCUGAAGUAAUCUGUCCUUGUGCCAGUUCUCCAGAAGCUUUGACUGUCGCAAUUCGUAGGCCAACAGAUGAUACCAACCAGCCACCUGGCAGAGGGGUACUGUCUAUGCACGGCUUGAGUUAUGGGGUAAUAAGAGUGGACUCUGAAGAAAAGCUGUCGGUCCUGACUGUGCAGGAUGUUGGCCUGGUGAUGCCUGGAGGUGUGAUGUGUGUUGUAAGACCAGAAGGAAUUCCAUUACUCUGUAGAACUGAUGAAAUAGGCGAACUUUGUGUGUGCUCCAUUGCUGCAGGUACAUCCUACUAUGGUCUAUCAGGAAUGACGAAGAACACUUUUGAGAUGUUCCCGAUGAUGAGCUCGGGAGCUCCUAUCAGUGAAUAUCCAUUUGUCAGGACUGGACUCUUGGGUUUUGUUGGCCCUGGUGGAAUGGUCUUUGUUGUGGGGAAAAUGGAUGGCCUGAUGGUGGUCAGUGGGAGGCGACACAAUGCAGAUGACAUCGUGGCAACAGCGCUUGCAGUGGAACCAAUGAAGUUUGUCUACAGAGGAAGAAUAGCUGUGUUUUCUAUAAAUGUUUUGCAUGAUGAGAGGAUCGUAAUCAUUGCUGAACAGAGACCAGAUUCUACUGAGGAAGAUAGCUUUCAGUGGAUGAGUAGAGUCCUUCAGGCCAUUGAUGGUAUUCAUCAAGUAGGGGUUUACUGUUUGGCUCUCGUUCCUGCUAAUACUCUUCCAAAAACUCCCCUUGGAGGCAUACACCUCUCAGAAACCAAACAAUGCUUCUUAGAAGGUUCCCUCCACCCAUGCAAUGUGCUGAUGUGUCCGCACACUUGUGUCACGAACCUGCCCAAGCCAAGGCAGAAGCAACCAGAGAUUGGUCCUGCUUCUGUUAUGGUUGGAAAUCUGGUUUCAGGAAAGAGGAUUGCCCAAGCUAGUGGAAGGGAUUUAGGACAAAUUGAAGACAAUGACCAGGGUAGAAAGUUUAUGUUUCUUGCUGAAGUUUUACAAUGGCGAGCUCAAACUACUCCUGACCACGUGCUUUUCACAUUACUGAACUCUAGGGGUACAAUAGCCAAUUCAUUAACAUGCCUUCAGCUACAUAAACGAGCUGAGAAAAUAGCAGUUAUGUUGAUGGAGAGGGGACACUUACAGGAUGGAGAUCAUGUGGCUUUAGUUUAUCCACCAGGAAUAGAUUUAAUUGCAGCAUUUUACGGAUGCCUGUAUGCAGGUUGUGUGCCAAUAACUGUCCGUCCUCCACACCCUCAGAACAUUGCUACCACGUUACCCACAGUGAAGAUGAUUGUGGAGGUCAGCAGAUCAGCAUGUAUAAUGACAUCACAAUUGGUAGUAAAACUUCUAAGGUCACGAGAAGCAGGAGCGGCAGUUGACGUAAGAACAUGGCCCCCUGUUUUAGACACAGAUGAUUUGCCAAAGAGGCGGCCAGCCCAAAUUUAUAAGCCCUCCAAUCCUGACACUUUGGCUUACCUUGACUUCAGUGUAUCUACAACAGGAAUGCUGGCAGGAGUGAAGAAAAACUACUGCUGGGAGGUUGAAGACUCUUACCCAGGAGCACCUGGCAUAUAUACACAAGCCUUGCCCUCUAUUUCCAUCAAUCAGUUCACUCAUAAUAUGUCUCAUGCAGCAACUAGUGCCUUGUGUCGUUCGAUAAAGCUGCAGUGUGAGCUUUACCCAUCCCGAGAAGUAGCAAUCUGCCUAGACCCCUACUGUGGUCUUGGAUUUGUUCUUUGGUGCCUCUGCAGUGUCUACUCAGGGCACCAGUCAAUCCUCAUCCCUCCUUCAGAACUGGAGAUAAAUCCCUCACUCUGGCUCCUGGCUGUCAGUCAGUACAAAGUUCGAGACACCUUCUGCUCAUACUCCGUUAUGGAACUCUGCACAAAGGGGCUUGGCUCACAAACUGAAUCACUGAAGACGAGGGGAUUGGAUCUGUCUCGUGUACGAACCUGUGUUGUUGUUGCAGAAGAGCGGCCAAGAAUAGCUCUCACCCAGUCUUUUUCUAAGUUAUUUAAGGACCUGAAUCUUAACCCAAGAGCAGUUAGUACAUCAUUUGGCUGCAGAGUGAAUCUUGCUAUUUGCCUUCAGGGAACGUCAGGACCAGAUCCCACAACUGUUUAUGUGGAUAUGAGAGCACUAAGACAUGACAGGGUCCGUUUAGUGGAAAGAGGAUCUCCACACAGUCUACCACUAAUGGAGUCUGGCAAAAUCCUACCUGGAGUGAGGAUAAUCAUUGCCAAUCCUGAAACAAAAGGACCACUAGGUGACUCACACCUUGGAGAGAUAUGGGUUCACAGUGCUCAUAAUGCUAGUGGAUAUUUCACCAUUUAUGGAGAUGAAUCGCUUCAAUCUGACCACUUUAACUCACGUCUGAGUUUUGGAGACACGCAAACUGUAUGGGCACGCACAGGUUACUUGGGAUUUCUUAGACGAACUGAUCUCACUGAUGCAAAUGGAGAGCGACAUGAUGCACUGUAUGUUGUGGGUGCCUUGGAUGAAGCAAUGGAGUUACGGGGAAUGAGAUAUCACCCCAUUGAUAUUGAAACAUCUGUGAUUCGUUCCCACAAGAGCAUCACUGAGUGUGCGGUGUUUACCUGGACCAAUCUUUUGGUGGUGGUGGUUGAGUUGGAUGGAUCAGAACAAGAGGCUUUGGACCUUGUUCCUUUGGUCACAAACGUGGUUCUGGAGGAACAUUACCUAAUCGUAGGAGUAGUGGUUGUGGUUGAUGUUGGAGUCAUCCCUAUCAACUCUCGUGGAGAAAAACAACGUAUGCAUUUAAGGGAUGGAUUUUUGGCCGACCAAUUAGAUCCUAUCUAUGUGGCCUACAACAUGUAGCCUCCUGUUCUAAGGCUUCUGUUAACAAUAUGUGUGUACAUAUGUAAAAAGAACUCUUGGUGUUCACCACAAAGUGUGCAGAAACCAAUAGACAGUACUUGCUCCACACAGGGACUUUCUGCACUUGCAAGCACUCUUGACUCGCCACAAAGAUGUGAAACUAUUUCUUUGUACCACAAACGUUUAACAGGCAAAGACAAUGAUAAGUACACAACCCUUUGAAAGUCAAAAGCCCCAUUAUGGAGCCUAUUUCUUGCUUGUUGGUUGAUUAACUGCUUUUGAAGUAAGUGUACUAUCUGCGCUCUGUAUUUUUAAGUUACAUCAGCUGAAGUUGCUUACGUUUUUUAAUCUGCCCUCUAAGGGGGUGCUUUUUAUGUAUUCACAUACUGUGGCAAAAGCAAGUAUUUUAGAUUGUUGAUUCUUGAGAUUUGGUCAAAAAUUGUCAAAAAGUUGUAAACAAGGAACCUUCUAUCUAGAAAUGAUUGGCUUAGGACGUGCUGUCUCCUCCUUUUUUUAUCUUAUGUCUAGUAUUAGGAGGUACAAGAGUAAUGUCCACCCUGUCAACACCUUCUGCACCGACAUCACGAGCUCCCUCUCAAAGCAGGGCUUGAAAACCCAGAAAUGUAGUCAGGAGGAGGUAUCUGCAAUGUGGGUGUCCGUUGUUGGUGCAGCUAGGGAUGGGGACUCAAUUAUGUUUUCGCUUGUGUGAUGAUAUCAUUGUACUACAAAUGAGAGGAAAAGAAAUACUGAGUGACUUCAUAUCAUGUAAUUAUGUACAAAACAGUUUUAAUUUAUUUUGUUCUCUUUAGAAGUAUAUUAAGAGAAAGACAUUUGCGAGUGUUUUCCUCUUUUAAGUGUUUGCUAAUAAGAAGCAAAGUGUUGCAUUAUUUUAUGUGGAUAGCUUCACAUCAGCACACUAUAUUUGAGGUAACUCAUCAAAUCUACGGUUUUACCAAUGGAAGAGAUGUUGAAAAUCCAGUAAUUCUUACUUGCAUGGUGUCCCAGUUUCGAAAUGAACAAUGGUCAUGUUAUUCACCCAGCCCUCCUCAGAGGUGUAGUAUCUCAGUGUGUGAAAUGACCCGCAAGCAAUUUCCGUCAGAAGAUUCCAGCUUGGGGAAAAACAAAAGUCAAUGGACAUCUUUAUGCUUGUGAAUUAACUGAGUUUUAAAAGUGCACUAAAAAAAAAUUGAAAAAAAAACAAUAAAAAAAUUGUAUUGUGCCAGAUUGCCUGGUGUUCAUUGAUAAUUUUGUGUUGGCAUGUGCACACUUACACUGUUAGACUCUCCGCAUGUGGCAGGUAAAACAGAGUAGAUUGUGUGUUUUCUAAGAUGUGUGCAUGCUAAAUGCUCCAGUGUGACUUCAGAUUAUGAACUGACAGCUGUUACUGAUCGUUUCAAACUUUUUACUGCUGCUAAUUGUGUUUAUAGUAAAGCUUUUUCUUAACUUGUAAUGGGUUUGUAAGAAUUGAAACUGAAACGUAAAACAUCUAGCUGCAAAAGAGCCGUUAUGCCAGUAAACACACUUUGAAAUAUUGAGUUAAGAUGUAGGAUGUAAGAAACUAAUGUACAAGAAUAAGUGUUAAUUUUUACAGUUAAAAUUUUUGCAAUGAUAUAUUUUACAUUAAAAUGUCAAGUUUUAAAUUUUUUUUCUGAUAGGGUGCAGUGUACUCAGAAAAUUGGUGACUAACAGCUUUCCUCCACGUUUAUUACAGUCCCAUUCCCCAUCCCUGUGUAGGCUGUUUGUCAUUUUUCGAUACCACCUUCCAUCUACUUCUAGUUGAGAGGCUAACAGACUGUGUGGCAUGCAGUUCAUUUCUCUCUGCCUUUGGUAAUGUUACUUUGCAUUUGACUGGUGGGAGAUUUAAGAGACUGAUCAACAACAUUUCACUUUUUCUGUUCACCUGAGCUGAAAAACAUUCAAUAUGAUAUGAUACCACCACAGCAGCAUCGCUAAAGACCAACAAGUCACUCGUCAAUUUAGAAUGAUGGGCAACUGUUGAGCUGUCUUGUCAGGUUUGAAACCCUACGCAUUGGGCUGCCUUAAUGAAUGAGUGAGCUCUUGGAUGUUGACUACCUUCCAGUGUAUGCAAAUGGUGUUCACCAUGAAUGAGAAAGUAGACAGUUUAGCAGUGGUAAUAAUGCUGCUUUUCUUUUUCUGAAACCUAAAUCCAUGCUCUUAACGUGGCACGUUACCUCCUGAGGUUUAUAUAAUAUUUUCAAAGCCAGGUAUGUUGUGUCCUCUGCUGCCUGCCAUUUGUAAAGAGAGUCUAACAUUUACUAUUUGUAGUAAAGUAGGUUUCUUGUUUCGUUGUGGGAGUAGAAGAAGCAACCGUCCAGAGUCCAACUAGACUCAGCAAUAAAGAAGGCUCGUCCUUUAUUAGAAAACUUACUAUAGAUAAACCAUGCAUUUAGAAUGUAUAGAAACCGUUUGUCUUGUGACCUAGUGCUUUGAGGUAAAACAAAACCGUGUAAUCCAACUUGAUGCACAUGCACAAAAAGGAAGGUACCUGAAGAUCAUAUAACAUCAAAACAAGUCAAAACAGGAUCAGAUUCCUCAUGGUGCUUGUUAUUAUUAUUAAUCCUGCUUGACACUUUACCCAAGGGAAGACUGUCCCGUUAUCAGUUGAAUGUUAGCAACAUUGAGUCGCAUAGUUUGCUGAAUGGUAAGAGAAUUUCAUGUACUCAACCAAUCACAAUAGAUUUUACUGUGCAAAGGACAGCAAUCUUUCUUGUAUGUUAAACCACCAGUUCGCUUUGUACAUGUGAUAACGCCUGUUUUAUAUUCAAAUGAAUAAAUAAAAGCUUUUAUUUUUGUUGCUCUGAAAACACAUCAUCUGUCUUCAUUCGGUGUAACUACUUCCCUAAUCAGGCCCUCAGAUAACUGACAAUUCUGUCGCAGCCUUCAGUUUGCAUCCUCUUUGAAAUUAGAUACGAUUCUUUUCAUUAAGUUGAAAAUGACUCUAUGUAAGUAAUAUGAGGAUAGCAGUUUUUGGAUCUGGGCCAUCAAACACCAGGGAUGAAUAUGAUACUGUUUAAACAAGUCGAUGCAUGACAUGUACAAUUGGGAAAAGCUUGUGGUCUCUCUGACUGGUUUGAAAUCUAAUAUCACAAUCACCCAAUUCUAGAAAUGUCUGUACUUUAAGGAUGUGGUAAAAUUCCCUUAUGAAUCUUGAAUACAGGGAAUAAUACCUUUGUGUUCAUAAAAACUAAAAGAACUGCAGAUGCUGUAAAUUGGAAAAAAAACAGAAACUGCUGGAAAAGCUCAGCAGCUCUAGCAGCAUCUGUGGAGAUAAAUCAGAGUUAACAUUUCUGUUGGAUUGAUCCUGCCUCAGAACCAUUAACUCUGAUUUCUGUCCAUGGAUGUUGCUAGACCCGCUGAGCUUUUCCAGUCAUUUCUAUUUUAUUUACUUGGAGUUCCCUUUCCUAGCGAAUAGGAUUUUCAAUCUUUCCUUAUUACUUGGAUGAUUUUUGAAUUUGAUUAUCUUUUAAAGCACAGACACCAAUGAAGACGUGUCCUUUCUUAAGUAUAGUGAGCAAAAUGGUACAUAAUACUCCAGGCCUCAUGAUCGAGUACUUUGUAUCAAUUCUUCAUGUUUAUGGUAUCUCUAUGUUGAUAUAUCUCUCGCUAUCUCGAUGCCAUUUCUUAGAGUAGAUGAAUAUUAUGCUUGGUUUCAACAAGGUAUUCACAAAUACCCUAAGAUUGUCUACCUGUUUCUCUGCUACACUUUGCUUUCUAUUCCCACAAUUUGUUCCCCAUCUCUGGAAGUAUUGCAUUUCUCCAUAUUUAAUCCAUGUGCCAUUCACAGCCCUUUUUUAAAUAUUUCUCCUUGCUUAAUUUCCAUUAAUUAAUAACAGAAACAGCAGUUGCUGAAGAAACUUUGCAGGUCUGGCAGCAUCUGUGGCAAGAAAGCAGAGUUAAUGUUUCAGGUCCAUUGGCCUUGAGUUCUCAAGGUUCACUGGAAGUAACCUUGAGAAGUUAAACUAAGAUGAUUUCUUCGUCUGCCUUAAACUUCAUCAAUCUAUCAGUGACCACUGAGCUGAAAUUUCCAUUUUAAUUAGUACUUUCUUCCCUUGAAUAUCAAUUAUGCAGGGCAGACUAUACACAAAUGAUACUCCUGUACACUAGCUGUGACUCAGUAUAUUUGCUGUCCUUUCUCUGUUCGCUGUCAUGUCACAUUUAGGGUCUUUCAAUAGACCAUCUUACCCUUUCACUCCUGCUUUCUGUAGAUAAUUUGUAGAAAUGCUUGAUGUUUUGUUCAGUAUUUCCUAUUGUCCUAAAUUUGUUUACUAUUUUGGUUCGACUGACCUGUUUUUUAAUUUCUACAGAUUAACAUUAUAUAGAUUUCUUGAAAAAGACCUCUGGAAAGUAAACUGUUUUGAACUGAAAUUCAAUAGAAAUAAAAGCUCAAGUUGCUGGUUAUGUCAUUAAUUUAAAAUUGUUUUUGUUUGUUAGGAUUGGCAACAAUAAAGUUGAAUUUAUUACUGUGAGGUGAUGAUGAGGUUGAACACUACAGACUGCAUUAAAAGUCUUACUUCUGGGUUAAUCUCAUGUCGAUCAAAUUGGGCAGAGAUGUGGAUGUCUUUUCUAGGAGAUGGUGAUCAGUUGGGUUUUAUUAUCAAACAACAACUUGAUGCUUUUUUGUGUGAGCCUCCAAAGAGCAAGAAUUCUUAAGUUCCAUUUCAAAUCUUGCUAUUCUUUUGAACAAUUAAUGUCUGGAUUGCUUAUCUAGGAUGAUCAUCACUAUGCCAUUGUUCUGUAAGCAACCACUUGUUGAGUCAGAUUAUUUGGCAUUUGUAAGCUAUAUUUGCAGAAUUGAUAUUGUACAGUUAACAUUUUUGAAAAACAAUAAAAUUGUUUUUUUUAAA